UUGGUUGUUGGAAGUCAUCGCAUUUUAGCCAAUAGAAACACAGCAGCUUUGCCUAUAUGGAGGGCGACCAGAGACCGUUGUCUUCUAUUUCAGCUUAGUUCUGCAAAGCGAAAGGAAGUGAAAAUGAGUGGAAGAGGGAAAACCGGAGGUAAAGCUAGAGCGAAGGCCAAGACUCGCUCCUCCCGCGCCGGGCUGCAGUUCCCUGUGGGCCGUGUUCACAGGCUGCUGCGCAAAGGGAACUACGCCGAGCGCGUCGGCGCCGGCGCUCCCGUCUACUUGGCUGCCGUGUUGGAGUAUCUGACCGCUGAGAUCCUUGAGUUGGCCGGCAACGCCGCUCGCGACAACAAGAAGACCCGUAUCAUUCCUCGUCAUCUGCAGCUGGCUGUUCGUAACGACGAGGAGCUCAACAAACUGCUCGGAGGAGUGACCAUCGCUCAGGGUGGCGUGCUGCCCAACAUUCAGGCUGUACUGCUGCCCAAGAAGACCGAGAAGGCGGCCAAGACCAAGUAAACUGGGUUUUUCCGCUAAACUGGAAAAAAAACAAAGGCUCUUUUAAGAGCCACCCACCUUAGCAACAAAAGUGCACGUUUCCUUUUCAUUUCCCAUGUAAAAACCGUACAAAAGCGGUUUUCGAUCAGUUGUGUCAGGUUACUGUGUACAUUAAAACGAAAUAAAAGGAUCACAGCAUCGCCACGUCCCGCGAUUGCAUACUGCGUUCAAUUUAGCUUUCAUUUUACUUGAACACAAGGUGAACAAAUCUACA